CAGAGCAGGGUGUGCAUGGUGCACCCCGUGUCAUCGGACCGCUUGCUGGUGACUCUGCAGCAGCCUUGUGGUGGUGGGCAGGGGAAGAGCCAGGUGAGAGCUGGCAGCCAGCCACAGCAGGACCUGAGCGGUGGCCACUCUGUCACUCCUGUGACUAACAACGUGCCCGAUAUUGAGCCAUCGGCCUGGAGCUGCCCCUCACCAGGCAGGGGGGUGGCCCCCGCACAGCCCUCGUGGUCCUGCGCGAAACCAAAGCCCCCCAAGGAAGCAGUGCCCAAGUAUGACUUUCGCUACCACCACCUGCUGCGCUUGCCCCACCAAUGUUCCUCCAGGCAGCUGAUGGCAGCCUGGCAGAACCCCUCAGCCCCACUGCACCCUUCAGCCCAGCCUGACACCGACACGAGUGGCUCAGUUCCACCAGUCUCAGCGCCCAGCUGUCCCCAUUGGUUGUCACCUUUGAGGCAGGUCGUGUUCACCCAGACAAAGCCACAGGUUGCUGACAUCUAUGUCUGCACCCCAUGUGCCUCUUUGGGUCCCACGCCAUCCCCAGCUGAUGGGGUCCUGAGGGAUGGUCUUGGUGAAGUUCUGACCAAGCUCAAGCCUGGUUUGGCACAGAGGCCCUUGCUGCAGGCAGAGAGCUGGGAGAGCCUAUGUCCAUCCCCUCUGCUGGCGGGCCAGCAAAGUGCCACCAAGGUGGGGGCCAGUGGCACUGGUGGCUUUGCCAAAGACGUGGCUGAGCCAGUGCUGCUUGGCAGAGCCUCCCCCUGCUCCACCCUCAUGCACAAGGCCCAGACCAAGACAUCUCGCUGUGACCGCAAUGAUGAGGAUGAGCCGUCGGCCUCUGAGUUUAUCUUCAUCUGCAUGGAUAAUUCUUUCUUCUGCUGCUCUCCUCCUCCAGCUCCAGUGCAACCCUUUCCCAGAGAGGCUUCAGAGAAGAUGAUAAAGCGUUUCCUGAAGGAGGACUCUGAGGAGGCUGAGCUGAGCCAGCUCCUGCAGGAUUGCCCACCGGUUGACAGCCCCAGGAAGGUGGAGCCCCCGGAGAGCUGGCAGGAGCCCGGCCGCCCCCUCUGUGGCAUGGGCAGGCUCCCCCCUGACAUCGACGAGAGGGAUGCCAGGAUCUUCUCCCGAUCUCAGCCCCUGGAUGUCCAGCAGCACAUCGCAGCUCCCGCACCCCCGAGCCCCAACCGGCCCCGGAGCCCUUGGGGGCAGCUCGACCCCUAUGACUCCUCUGAGGAUGACAAGGAGUACGUGGGCUUUGCCACACUGCCCAAUCAGGUUCAUAGGAAGUCAGUGAAGAAAGGCUUUGACUUCACCCUCAUGGUGACAGGGGAAUCUGGACUGGGCAAGUCUACCCUAAUCAACAGCCUCUUCCUGAUGGACAUGUACAGAGACCGCAAGCUGCUAAAUGCUGAAGAGCGCAUCACACAGACAGUGGAGAUCAUCAAGCACAUAGUGGACAUUGAGGAGAAGGGUGUCAAGCUGCGCCUGACCAUUGUGGACACUCCAGGCUUUGGUGAUGCCGUCAACAACACUGAGUGCUGGAAGCCGGUGGCUGACUACAUUGACCAGCAGUUUGAGCAGUAUUUCCGUGAUGAAAGUGGCCUCAACAGGAAGAACAUCCAGGACAAUCGUGUCCACUGCUGCAUCUACUUCAUCUCACCCUAUGGCCAUGGGCUUCGGCCCCUGGAUGUGGAGUUCAUGAGAGCCCUGCACCAACGGGUGAACAUUGUGCCUGUGCUGGCCAAGGCUGACACCCUGACUCCGACAGAGGUGCAGCGCAUGAAGAACAAGAUCCGUGAGGACAUUGAACACUAUGGCAUCCAACUCUACCAGUUCCCUGAGUGUGACUCGGAUGAGGAUGAGGAAUUCAAGCUGCAGGACCAGGCACUGAAGGAGAGCAUUCCCUUUGCUGUCAUUGGCAGCAACACGGUGGUGGAAGCCAAAGGCCGGCGCAUCCGUGGGCGCCUCUACCCCUGGGGCAUUGUGGAAGUGGAGAACCCAUCCCACUCUGAUUUCGUGAAGCUGCGGACAAUGCUGGUGAGGACCCACAUGCAGGACCUCAAGGAUGUGACGCAGGACAUCCACUAUGAGAAUUACCGCAGGCAGUGCAUCCAGAGCAUGACCCGCAUGGUAGUGAAGGAGAGGAACCGCAACAAGCUGACACGGGAGAGCGGGACAGAUUUCCCCAUACCUGUCAUCUCCUCGGUGCCAGAUGCAGAGACGGAGAAGCUCAUUCGGGAGAAGGAUGAGGAGCUGCGGCGCAUGCAGGAGAUGCUCCAGAAGAUCCAGAAGCAGAUGAAGGACUCACACUAACUCCUUUUGCCUCUUCCUCCUCCUCCUCGUGCCCCAGAUCAGAAACAUUUGCAUCACUCUCCAUCCUACCCUGACCCUGCUGCAAAACGCAGUACAACACUGACUGCAUCUGCCACCUUAAGCUGUUGUGGUAUUGCCUUAUCCAACCAACCAGCACCCAUCCCAUGGGGACAGUGAGGGGACAAUAAACGCAGUCUGGAGGUCCCCUGGCCUGGCCAGAUUGCGGCUCACCUUGCCUCAGGCUGGGGACAACUUUGUCUCCUGAGCUUUGGCUUUCCCUGUUUCCUCCGCAGCUUUGGGGAGAGACACCAGCUCCUCAUGUUAUGUCUGUCCCUUGUCCCUGUGUCACCUCCAGCCUCUCUGCUUACAGCCUUCAUGCUAAGCUUGGCCCAGGCUUCAGAGAAGAGGAGGUGGAUGGGGUUGACUCAGCUGCCAUGCUGAGGGGAGGACAGGGCUGCUUCCCCCUGACUUUGGCUGGAGCAGAGGGUCAGCAGUUCCUGAGGACUGCAGGUGACCAAGGGGGUAAAGGAGCAGCCACUGUCCUGGCCUGGGUGGCAGCCGGCACUCAGAUGCCUUUGGCUGCCUCCCAUCCAACACUGGUGCAAGGAUGAAUUGAAGCUCAGCAGUGUCCAGCCCUAUGUCAUUGGCAGGGACCUUGUCCCCUCUGAGCACUGCCCCUUGGGAGCAUCCCGUGUCCCUUGGUGUCAGAAAGGGCCAUGGAUGGAGAGCACUGGAGAAUCACAGUCCCUAGAGAAAGUUCCUAGAACCCUAAAUCAGAGGCCAGGUCCCCAGUGAUGUUUGCCCUGUAAAGCAAUAAUGACUGUCCUGGUGGUGUUUCCUGACCUGCAGCAACAGCAUCGUCCCUCACUGGUGUUUCAGCCCCUGGUGCCACCUCUUUGUCUGCAGUGUCCCUGUGUGGCCUUAGGAUGGCCCUGUCCCAGCUGCUUCCUGGCAGAGCAUCACUGGAUGCCCAAGGAUGUCCCCAUUAAUAUUGCUUUUCAGGAAAUCACUGCUGUGUGUCCCCAUCUGUGUUUCUUUCCCACAGAGUACUAAUGUUAGGUGCCUAUGUCCCCCCAGGAUGUCCUCACCUGUGUUGCUGCUCUGCAGAGCCCUGUAUCUUGUCCCUGUGUUCCCCCCAGGAUGUCUAUAUCUGCACUGCUCUCUGGCAAAGCACCGCUCUGUGGCCCCAGUGUGAGCCCUGGCCAGUAACUGUGGAGAUGGACCUGAAUCCUCCCUGCCAGCCUUCUGCUCUCUCCCCCUGGGUAGAGGGAGAGAUGAAAGGGGAUGGUGAGGCUGGAGAGCAGAGGCAGAACCGCGAGCAGUGGGAUUGCUGGGGUCCCCUGGGUGGGUUCACCCCAGGGCAUGGGGUUUGCACCCAGGCAGCUUGGCUGAGGGGGGCUCUGUCUGGUCAAGGCUCAAAGUGGAUACUGCAGGAUGUUGAUGCAGCAUCCAGCAUGUGACACCCAUGUCCCUGUGCCACUGGAGGGUCCCUUGAUCCCCUUGGGCGGGGCCCCACAGGGUCUAUUAGCACUUUCCUUUUUUUAAUCUUGCUUUUUCUUACAGAAGUACCUACCUUCGCAUGGUGGUCAUAGAGGCAUUUAUUAAAGGAUAAGCAGAGUAUAGGUUUAUAAAUUCUUAUAGAGCUAGUGGAAAUAUUUUUAUCCCUCCACAACCAUUCUCAAUAAAUAUGGCUGACCCA